AUGAAGUCCAUCAUUGCUGCCUCUCUCCUCGCUCUCAUCGGCACCUCAGCCGCCGCUCCAUCCACUCUGCGCUUCGCCAAACGCGACAGCCCCAAUGGUUGCCCUGCCGGCGACCCCGGCCAAGUGGGCGUCAUCAACGCCAUCAUCGCAUGGAACAGUGACGUCGUGACUGUCAACGGAUUCCUCGAUUCAAGCGUCACUGUGCUCUCCGACCCAAACCAGAUCCUGUCCGCAUUGCAGACAGUCCUUCCGGCGGCUCAGAACGAACCGACGCAGUUGCAAGUCCUGGCCUGCGAGAGCGAUGUUCUGCCCGGUACCGCGGCGCAGGCUGCAGUAGAUGACCUUUUCGGAGGGUUCGAGAGCAACGUCCUUGUGCCUUUGAUGAACAUCAUGAACGGAGCUGAUGACGCGGACACGGUUAACAGCAAUUUGCACACAAUCAAUCAGUUCCGAUGCUGCAACGUCCUCCCAGACUUGGACACUCUCUGGACCGCCACCGCCGUGGACGAGGGUGUUGCCGACCAAGUUCCUCUCUCGGCACCACGACCGAACGCUUGCAGCAUCAUCACCUGUUAA